UCUGUACCUUUGAGUGCCAUGCAUACAGGGACCUUUGAAAUGUUUGGAUCCUUUUUUGUGUGUGAGAGAGAGAGCAGAAAUAGUGUGAGAGAUUUGGUAUGAGGAGAGUGAGCGCUCAGAGUGAGCGCUCAGAGUGUAGAGCACAGAGAAAAGGAGUGUGUUCAAUAGAGUGUUCAUUAGAGAAAGAGAGCGAGAGAGCAGGCACACAGACACAGCGGGCUGUGAUCACAUGCUUCUCUUCUUCACAGCAUGCUGUUUUUGUUUAGCCUCUCCAGAGCAGCUGAGAGUGAGAGUCGCUCACACUGUCAGAGAGCACCGCACAGCAUACAGUGCUGUCUAAGCUUGAGUGGAAAGUUUCCACAGCAUGACCAGAGUCAGGACUCAACUACUCCUGUCCCACUGAGAGGAAGCCAUACUGAAGAAGAGACAGAGAGAGCUCCUGAGCAGGCUUUGACCCCUGACCUCCAGGUGUGGAGGUGUACCAUGUGUUCUCCCGCUCGGGGGCCGUGAACCCAUCUCUGCUGUGAGGAGUCGUCCUGUGGGACCAUGGGAUCAUCGACGCUGGGGAAGGCAGCCCCUCUCAACAUGCUACUGGAUGCCUGCAUCCAGGCUUUUGAUGACAAUGGGGAGUUGCAGUCCAACCAGCUCCCUCGCACCCUGCUGCUGAUGCACCGCUGGUAUGUCACAUCCACAGAGCUGGCCGGGAAGCUGCUCAUGAUGUACCGUGACUGCCAUGGAGAUGAGUGCCAAAGAACGAGACUGAAGAUCUGCUAUUUAAUGAGGUACUGGAUUACGGUGUUCCCUGCAGAGUUUAACCUGGACCUGGGCCUUAUCCGCCUCACUGAGGAGUUCAGAGACGUGGCGGCUCAGCUGGGUUGUGAGGAACACAACAAACUCAUUGACAUCUCCACCAUCCCAUCAUAUGACUGGAUGAGAAAGCUGACCCAGAGGAAGAAGCAGGCCAAGAAGGGCAAAGCCUCACUCCUCUUUGACCACCUAGAGCCCAUGGAGCUGGCUGAACACCUCACGUUCCUGGAGUACAAGUCCAUCAGGAGGAUAUCAUUCACAGACUACCAAAGCUAUGUGAUGCACGGAUGUGUGGUGGACAACCCAACGCUGGAGCGCUCCAUCGCCCUGUUCAACGGAGUGUCCCAGUGGGUUCAGCUCAUGGUGCUCAGUAAGCUGACACCCCAACACCGCGCUGAGGUCAUCACCAAAUACAUCAAUGUGGCCCAGAAACUCCUCCAACUGCAGAACUUUAAUACGCUGAUGGCCGUGGUGGGAGGUCUGAGUCACAGCUCAGUCUCUCGUCUGAAGGAGACCCACUCUCAUCUGGCGCCCGAGGUCAACAAGAUCUGGAAUGAGAUGACGGAGCUGGUCUCUUCCAAUGGGAACUACUGUGCUUACCGCAAGGCCUUCUCAGACUCCGAAGGCUUCAAGGUCCCCAUCCUGGGAGUCCACCUGAAGGACCUGAUUGCCGUGCACGUGGUCUUCCCCGACUGGGUGAACGACAACAAGGUGAACAUCGUAAAGAUGCAGCAGCUCUACCUCACCUUCAACGAACUGGUGUCCCUUCAGAGUGCUGCAGCCCACGUGGAACCCAACAUGGACCUCAUCUACCUGCUCACCCUCUCUCUAGACCUUUACUACACUGAAGAUGAGAUAUAUGAGCUAUCCUUGCUAAGGGAACCACGGAACCCAAAGUCUUUGCCUACUUCUCCGACAACCCCUAACAAGCCAAUGGCCCUUCUGGACUGGGCAUCAGGUGUGACAACCAAACCUGACCCCAGUGUGGUGAACAAGCACAUCAGGAAGGUGGUGGAUUCUGUAUUCAGGAACUACAACCAUGACCAUGAUGGCUACAUCUCUCAGGAGGACUUUGAGAGUAUUGCUGCCAACUUUCCUUUCUUGGACUCCUUCUGUGUGUUGGACAAGGACAAGGAUGGCCUGAUUAGUAAGGAUGAGAUGAUGGCUUACUUCCUGAGGGCCAACCCCUUGCUCCAGUGUAAAAUGGGCCCUGGUUUUAUCCACAACUUUACGGAGAUGACGUAUCUGAAGCCUACCUUCUGCGAGCACUGUGCUGGAUUUCUCUGGGGAAUAAUCAAACAGGGAUACAAGUGCAAAGAUUGUGGCGUGAACUGCCAUAAGCAGUGCAGGGAGCUGUUGGUGCUGGCCUGUAGGAAGCUGCCGCACUCCACCUCUUUGGAACGUGUCUCCCAUGGAGGUCUCACCCACAGCUCUCUACCCAGCAGCCCCGCCAUGCCCACCUGCAAAGAUGAGGACGAGAUGUUUGAGUUCCCCUCAGUGACACCUGGAGGUUCUGACCUGGAGCAUAAGUCCAUCACCCUGAUGACGGGCUCGGCCCAGCGGAUCUCUGUGAGUUUACAGCGGGCCACCACCAGCCAGGCCACGCAGACAGAGCACCUGUGGCCAGAGCACACCUGGGGGGCUGGGGACGGGGGCUCCCACACCUUCCCAAAAAUGAAGUACCGACCACACCGGAAGGCCUCCAAGAGCAAAGGCUUUGCCCGCUGGGAGAAUGAGGCCCAGGAGCAGCCCAGGAGUCGGCGGGAAUCCCAGGAGCAGACGGACAGACCUGCAGAGGUGGUGCAGAACGGGAUAACACCACACAGAGAGAAGGACAGCUGACUUGGAGACACCAAGGGCCGAACCCAGGGCUCCAGGAGGCCCUCGGAAGCCCGCCUCAGGAAGCUCUUCUUACUGGGCGAAGUACUUGGCUGCUUGAGGCCCCCGUUUGGUGACCUGGAGUAGGAUGGACUUCCUCUGACCUAUACAGACAGGUCUUCAGUGAACCACAUAUGAAUACUGAUGCUUAAUCCCGAACCAGAGAUGUGAAUGGUGGAACUGAAAAAGCCCUUGUCCUCAAUGCACCCCAGCUCUACACACCUUGCCUUCACACCCCAUCAGUUUCAUUGGAAAAUGAUCCUGGACUACUUACAGUACAUGUGAUUUUAGGUUUGUUGGGGCUCAAAGGGGGCUCACCAGUGUUUGACUGACUGAACGUAAAUGAGCAGGUAUCCACCUGUGCCUGUAUGAAUGUCGGAGCAUGUAAAUGCUUCCUAUUUAAUUUGUGUGUGGUCUGUGGUGCACAUAUGUGUGGUCCGAGUGGGGAGGGGAAAACUAGCUGUUAUUGGCAGUGAGGUUUGGAACUCUCUUUCCUAGCCCCGUGUA